AUGCAUACAACUGAGGAUUCGCUGGUGGUCACCCACCCAACUACUAACUCACCGGCGUGUGGCUUAAGUACGGCUGAGCGGACGGGAAGCCCUGUUUUCCACACCCUAUGGUCUGAGGAUUCGCUGGUGGUCACCCACCCAACUACUAACUCACCGGCGUGUGGCUUGAGUACGGCUGAGCGGACGGGAAGCCCUAUUUUCCACACCCUAUGGUCUCUAGAUGAAGAAGAGGAAUAUACAAAAUGUCCGAAACCCCAACUCUUUCCUAGUAACCAAAGGAACAGUCGCGCGGCGGGGGUAACAAGGGGUGAGAAGCUGAGUGAGAAUCACCUGCCACCCGAAAGCUACACUGAUCUUCCAACCUAA